UCUCUCUCCUGGACUCUUUCUUUCCUAAAACUCUCCUUCUUUAACCCCACCCCCUACCACCCUACCCCCACGCCCACCCCACUGCCACCUUUGUUCACUUCUUUCAAUAUCUGUACUGUAUCUAUAGGUGAACAUAUAGAUACACAAUAGAUUUGUCUUUCUGUUUUGUUGAUAAAAGACUUGAACUUGUUCUUCAAGGUUCACUUUUUUGUUUUCACUGUUAAAGAUUCUAGAGCUGUUAAGCUGCUUUUUUGCUCCAAACCCUUGUUGGGUUUUCAGUUCUUGAGGGUGGUGAUCUUAUUUGUCAAAGUUGUACAAAUGAGCUGGUGUUAGGAAUUUCAUCUGUCUGCCUGUGAGUAUUUUAUUUGGAGUUAAAAAACUCUGAAUCAAAUUUUUAUUUUUGUAGAAAGACUGAAGUAUUUUUAUGGGCAGGGGAGGGAGGAGGAUAGAUUUUUGUUAACCAUCAAUGUUAUUUUCCACAUUCAUUUAUCUAGUUUUAAUUGGUUCUGGGUUCAAUAUAGAUAAAUCUAAGAUGAAUAUAGAACAAUCUGAAUUUUGUUAGUUUAAAAUGUAGAAUGUGGGUUGGACUUUUUUAUUUUGGGAGUCUUGAUGCCGCGUGUGUAGUUACAAUUGUUGUUUGGAAAAAAAUUCAGGCAUACAUGAAAAUCAAACAAGCGGACAACUGCUAGUGGAAUUUGUCAAACACGCGUGUGUCACUUUAUUUGUCAUAUUCUCUGUCACUACAUGCAAAUUAGAUAUCUUAUCAAUUGAUAACAUCACCUCUUCCAUUUUUUCGGCUGGUUUGUGGGUGCGGGUGGAAGGUGGAAGGAGGGAGUGAAUAAUUUGCGUGGUAUUAGCUGGAUAAGCUUGCAACUACUUUCUUUUUGUUGAUAAGGGUGGUCUACAACCAAUUUGCGCCACCUAGACUACAUCGCAUCACUGGCUAUCGUUCACUAGUGUUCAAUGAGAACUUGUUCUAUUUCAUUUUCGCCUGCAACAGGCAUUUAAAUUAUGGCAGUGUUUCUGCUGAAGAAAAGGAGUGUGCUCCUUGAUGGGGGAACAUGUGGAGUAAAGAUGAGACAGCUACCAUUUAUGGGGAUCAUCUGUAUAGUUAUGUUGUUUAUUGUAUAUAGGACCACCAAUUAUCAGUAUCUACAGACAGAGAUCGAGUCAAGGUUGGAUCCAUUUUAUUCUUCAAAGGAUUCUAGUUUGAAUAUGAGAAGUUUGAACAGUUUGCCGCGUGGUAUUAUCCAAGCAAGAUCAGAUCUAGAGUUAAAGCCUCUGUGGUCAACAACUAGUUCAAAGUCAAAGGCAAAGGCGAGCAAUUCUAGGUCUCAUAACUUGUUGGCAGUUCCAGUUGGCCUAAAACAGAAGAGCAAUGUUGAUGCCCUCGUCAAAAAGUUUCUUUCAGCAAAUUUUACUGUCAUUCUAUUCCACUAUGAUGGUAAUGUUGAUGGGUGGGAGGACCUCCAAUGGAGUAAAGAUGCCAUUCAUAUUGUUGCUCACAAUCAGACUAAAUGGUGGUUUGCAAAGAGAUUUUUACAUCCUGCAGUUGUUUCAAUCUAUGAUUACAUUUUCCUUUGGGAUGAAGACUUGGGUGUGGAGAAUUUCCAUCCUGGAAGGUACCUUGAAAUAGUAAAAGCAGAAGGACUGGAAAUUUCUCAGCCAGCUUUAGACCCGAAUUCAACUGGUAUCCACCAUAGAAUCACAAUACGAAGCAGAACAAAUAGGUUCCACAGAAGGGUCUACGAUAUUAGAGGUAGUACAAAGUGUUCAGAAGAAAGUGAAGGUCCCCCAUGCAGUGGAUUUGUGGAGGGAAUGGCUCCGGUCUUUUCAAGAUCUGCGUGGCUUUGUGCUUGGCAUCUUAUACAGAAUGAUCUUGUUCAUGGGUGGGGAAUGGACAUGAAACUUGGUUAUUGUGCACAGGGAGAUCGAUCCAAAAAGGUGGGAGUAGUUGAUAGUGAAUAUGUAGUGCACCAAAGCAUCCAAACUUUGGGCGGACAAUCUUCGAAAAAGGACACAAAUCCUGAAGAGUCUGUGAAGAGACACGUUGUUGACGUGCGAUCUGAGAUUCGGAGACAAUCAACAUACGAGCUCCAAAUAUUCAAGGAUCGAUGGGAACGAGCUGUAAAGCAAGACAAGAACUGGGAGGAUCCGUUUAAAGCUAGCCAGAGACGUAGACAGCGGUAUAAACAAAGGCGAAAAUCAAAGGUUAAGAAGCUCAGAUGAGGUUAUAUCUCAAAUACAAUUAAUGGGAGCAAACAACAAGGACACACAACAAAUCAGAGGUUCAUUGCAGUUUCAAUCAGAUUAAUCUACUCUACCAUGUAAUUUUGUUAUAGGCCCCAAGAAUCUCAUUAUUAGUUCAUUACUUAGAUAGGUUUAGUUUCUUCUAAUUUUUAUGCUGAAUGUAUUUAAUUUAUUUUCCCCACCUUUCCCCAAUUCUCUUUCAUGUACAUCAAUCUUUUGUAACUAGCCUUGGGUUACCCACCACCUGGGUUUACACAUUGGAAAGACGAAAAUUAUACUUUUUCAUAA